UGUUUCAUCGUCCACUCUGAAAAAGGUGCUCAAUGAAGUCAUCAUAUCCAUGUCAAGUCGUUUCUCCGACAUAACUGAUUCUCUACUUUCUGCAUCCUCCCUUGCAGAUUUGAAGUCAUGGCCAGAUACAUUUGAUUCAGAGUUUGGAGCAGACAAACUUACAGCCAUCACAGACCACUACAGAGAGUUCCUCACCGACCGUACUGACAUUGAGCUUGAUCUGAUUGACCAGGAGUGGAUGAGUCUAAAAACUAAGAUCUACAAUAGUCACAAGCCUUCAGAACUGUCCUGGAAUGUUGUGUGGGAAACCUAUGGAGAGACACACAAGAAUUGUCUGCACAUGAUUGACCUUCUGUUGACUUUACCUGGCUCCACAGCAGAAUGUGAACGUGGAUUUUCUCAGCUAAAAAUUAUCAAAACGGAAAUCAGAAACAAACUGAGCAGCUCCACAGUGUCAAAUCUCUUGACAGUCCAACUAAAUUCUGAAGAGGUGGAAGAUUACGAUGCAACUCAGGCCAUCCAUCAUUGGUUGCGAGUAAAACCUCGCAGAACACGACACCUAGAAAGAAAACUCACCACUCUCACAGCUAAAGAUGACAAUGAUACUGUUUAUGUUGAGAAUGAAACAGAACUGCAAGAUCCAGCUCUCAAGGCAACAGUAGAGGACUCUGACAGUUCUGAUGAUAGUUGUUAUGAUUCUGAAGAAUCUGUUGUCUCGAGUGACUACUCUGACUGUGACAUUGAUAUCUAGCUCAAAGUUGUAUAAGCACACAGUGCACAGGUUGUAAAUAUUUAAUGGUUCAUUAAGUUAUUGUUCAUAAUAAGUUGCUUUCCAGGCUCGAUUAUUUACAGACCGCCUCCAUAUAGUUGGAAUAUUGCUGAGUGUGGAAUAAAAAUGAACUCACUCACUCAUAAUAUGUUGCCUAAUCAAUACAAAUUUGAUUUAUGAA